AUGUCUGGUUUCUCCUCUUUCUUUCCCUCCAAGUUUCUUCCCUCCAUGAAUCCACGAGAUCGUCCCUCAGACCCUCUCCAUCGUCUUCGCUUUGCCCUCGAAACGAUGCCAGGCUCACGGAAAUAUGUAUUCACGCCUGCCACCCGAGCAGAGAUACUUUCUGAGCUUUAUGAUGCUUUCUGGGGCCCCUACUCCCACCUCUUUCUGCCUCUCUCAAAUUCGAGUCUGCCAAUGCAUGCCACUCUUGGUCAGGUUCAGGCAGAACUCAAUUUUUCAGGCGCAGCGCAACAGUCUGGUGGUUGUUGCGACUGCGGAGACGACGAAGCAUGGCGCAAUCCUAUCAACUGUCCGUUCCACCCUCCUUUGCCAGAACCCGACAGUGCAGCCGACAUAUCCCAGGCAACACCAAAGGCCGUACCAAGAUCAAUGACAGGAGCCGAUGUGCCACCAGUACAGAAUUAUCCAAACAGAGUCUCGUUUCCCCCUGAACUACGAGAAUCUAUGGGUAGGACGAUAGGCUAUGCGUUGGAUUUCUUACUUGAUACGCUCGACUAUUCUCCAGAAGAAGCUUCGGUACCUAACAACGAGGCGGACCUGCGUCUACAACCGUCGGCGGAUCCAAUGCAGAAAGAUCAAUACUGUUUGGUGGUCUGGAAUGACGACAAGCAUUCAUUUGACGAGGUAGUGAGACUAAUAUGCGCCAAUACAAGUCGGGAUCGGAAGGAGGCGUAUGCAGUGGCCCAUUUGAUUGAUGAACUUGGGCGGGAGGUUGUUGAUAUGAACACUAACGUAACGCGGCUACUUGAAAUUGCGCGGACGUUUUCGACAAUCGAAAUUGGAGUAACUGUUCGGAGGGCAUAUGAUACGUUUCGAGAACAAAUAGUUGUGGUUCUUAUCGAGUGGUUGGUCGAUCUCACACGGAGCCGGUUGGGUGCGGACAUCCUCGUGAUCAGGGAGGUGAUCGCAUCAGAGAUGUUGUCACCACGGAAAAGAGAGAAUAACUUUUUUAGCUCGAGUCCACAGUUGCCCAAUGUCGUUGCAGAUAUUCCGAAUCCCUGCAGGCUGGAUUGGUUAUUCUUGUAUCAUCCGCGCCUAUGGAAGAAACCGCGGCUCACUCUAAAAGAAAUUUAUGCGUCUCUUCUCACUCUCAGUCAUCAACACAAGGUCGUCAUUGCGGGACGCUUUGCCAAUGUGUAUCCCCGACUAGUAGACGCUUACCUUUUGGUUGACCGUGAAGCCGAAACAUCUAUCAAGUAUUUUGCCUUACAGCUAUUUACCACACCCUCUGUUGCACUCCACAUUGUGAGGCAUCACAAUCUCGUUUCACGCCUCCUGGAUAUCAUCACGGGUUUUUUCACGAACCAAAUUCAGGACAAACGGAUCGUCAAUUUAGCGGCCACGCGCGCAUUAGAGGCAGAACUUGAUGUCGACAGUUUCCCUUUCAAGUCAAAGCGAUUCAUGCCAGUCUUCAGCGAUCUUAGGUAUUUAUGCCACAAUGAACCGGUGCAACGUCUGAUUGCGCACCAUCAUAUAUUUAUACGUGAGUUCGCCAAGGUGUGUCAGCUGUUCAUGUGUGUAAAUCCGAAUAAACGGGCUGCGACAAAUCAUGUGGAGUACGAGACGGACGCCUGGAUCAGCGUAUUCAACGUCACCCUUUCACUGUCGCGUGUCAUCAAAGUAUAUGGUGAAGCAUUCUCGCGGGCUUCAGCUUCGGAACUUGUCACUGCCAUUACGGGCAUUGUUCAUGAAAUCCUGCUCGUCUGCACGCUUGCAAACGGUCGGCUUGAUAGGGCGAAGUACUCACUGCCGUCAUUUCACGAGGUUGUUUUUGGAGAUGCUGCCUACACGAUUAUCGAUUUUGAUGUCCUUAACGGCUGGAUCAGCUUUCACCAUUCAUUGCACUGGCUACUCGCAGACCUUCUUAAGCACGUCGACAUCCUCUCGGAGGACUCAUUAAAGCAGGUUGGUUUGGCAAGUGUCCGAGACAUCUUCAUGCGAAAUGCAAGUGAGCAGGCAGUUCUGACUAUCAUUGACUUCCCCCUGAGAGUUCUUGCAAUGAUUGCGCAGAUACGUACUGGUUUAUGGGUACGCAAUGGGUUCCCCAUCCGUGGUCAAUUACUCCACUACCGGGAUUUCAUGCUACGUGAAUUGUGUUACGACCAGGAUUUGUUCAUCCUUCAAACAUCGCUGAUUAUUCUCGAUCCCAAUACUGUUAUCGUUACUAUACUUGAUCGUUUCGGCCUCCUCGGCUUCUUCCGCGGAACUGUCGUACACCCAUCGUACGAAGGUUCUCAACUUUCGAGCAUGGUAGAGGAAUUGCUUUAUAUCUUCAUUACCCUCUUCAGUGAGAAGGCUAGCGCUUCCAAGAUGCCGCUGCGAGUUGCUGUGCGUCGAGAGAUUGUCCAUGCUCUCGCCAUGGGCCCUUGUUCAUUCACCGAUCUGGUGAAGCGGGUUGCAGAGCGCAUGGUGGAUGAUAUUUGUUUCGAACGUGUUCUGAAAGAGGUCGCGCAAUUCCGUCCACCGGAAAACAUUGCCGAUACUGGAGUGUAUGAGCUCAAAGACGAAGCCUAUGACGAAGUGAAUCCUUUCUUCUACCACUAUACGCGUAAUAAGCGGGAAGAUGUUGAAUCCGUUCUUCGCAACCGAUUGCGGAAAAAGACAGGCGUUGCUGACCCGAUAAUUAUCCCCAAACCCCUAGGCAUCGAGAAUGGGCCUUUUUCCAUCUUAGCUUCAGCAUUCGAGUCAGAAGCAUUGCUACAAGUGAUGUUCUAUGCAAUAUUCAAUAUCCUCGUCCUGACGGAGUCCUCUGGCACGCCUCCUCCAUCUGCUGAGGCUAUUCUUGAUCAAGCUGUGCAUCUCGUCAUGCUUGCCUUAGUUGAAAGGCAAUCUGUCUUCAGCUGUCUGGCUGCUGUGAAAGCUUUCGAGGAUGGCAAGAACCUUAUCGAUGUCAUCUGCGCGUUGGAACAGGAUGAGAACUUCAAGCCAUACAAAGCCCGCAUUGGUUGGAUUCUCGAGCAGAUCUCGAUCCACGUUCCAGAAGAAGUCCAAGCUCGCAGAAAAGUCAUGGACACGUCUGCUUCUGAUCUGCCGGAUCCCGAGAAUGCAAAGAAACGCGCAGCCAAAGCUAGACAAGAGUCAAUCAUGGCACAGAUGAAGGCCCAACAAGCCAGCUUUGCGAUCAACUUUGACGAUGGAGAGGACGAGGAUGAGGACGUUAUGGAAGAAACACCAGAAGAACACAUCUCUUAUGGCACCUGCAUUGUUUGUCAGGAGGACCUGGAUAUCAAUCGAGCUUUUGGCUCUCUUGGAUUUGUGCAGCCCAGUCGAUUGCUUAGGAGGCAUCCUGACUCUCAUAGCCAAUUCUUGAAUGAGGUGUUGCACAUGCCCCCAUCAAUGGAUCGUUGUGACGCCACUUCUAGCAUGACCUUUCCUCCAGAUAUACAUAUCCAGGAAUUACCAGGGAGCUCCUCGCCGAAUUUUGACUCUUUCCCGACACAGCAUACUCGUUUUGGCCUACACACAUCUGUCUGUGGUCAUAUGAUGCAUUUAGACUGUUUCCAAGUGUAUAGUUCAUCUAUCAAGCAGCGACAUCGAGCCCAUGCCACACGGAACCACCCAGAAAACAUCUUACGCAAGGAAUAUAUUUGCCCAUUGUGCAAGAGCUUGGGAAAUGUGAUUCUUCCUGUUUCUCGACCUUUGUCGCUAACAGCAAGCACUAUACCUUUCCCUGACUGGAUACGUGCCGCCGGCAUAAGCAUAUUGAAGUCUAGACCAGAUACUACCGUGGACCAACUGCAAUUCAGAAAUGGGACCGGGGAGUUCGUAUUCUGGAGUGCGCAAGAUCCCGGGUAUGUGGCCGCUAAUCGUCGUCCUGAUAGACAGGAAAACAUGGAAAUGACAAAAAUGGUUGAUACCUUAAUGACCAUCUCCAAAAACAUGUCAUCGCAAACGCGGCAUCUCCGUGAACGUCCUGAGCCAGAGCCUGGUGAACGAGGGGCGGGGAUCUACCUCCCAGAAGAGCUGGUUGGUUACACUAUUUCUGCUAUAGAAGUAGCCGUUCGAGGUACAGAAAUUCCAGGAGGGACUGUGGCCGAUAGUAUAACAGAGUCGCAGUCUCGGAUGAUUCGUGGGCUGUUAACUUGCUUAGCCAAGUUGGGUGCUGCAGAGUUUGAAGGAAGGUCAGAUGGGGGUCGCGAAGGUAUAAAGCAAGCCAUCAUCAAGAGAUUACUACCAGAAUGGAGCCGCACGUCGUUAACAUCAUUCUCGUAUCCAUUGCUUUUGCGCGACCCGUUCUCCGUGUUGGUCGAGACUGCCGCAGUUGCUCCAGAGAUGCUCCAACAUGUCAUUGUCCUCACUUACUAUGCAUGCCUGGCUCGAACUGUCAUCGGGAUGGUCUAUGUUCUCAACAAAACAAGAAGCUCUAAUACGGUACAACUUCCUGCACGCAGUCAUGUUAGCAUCUUCGGUGAUAUUCGAAUGUUCUUCAUGUCUGUGGUGCGACAUUCGCCGGUCUUUGAGCACACUGCGACACUAGUUUUCGAGACCUUCGGUGAAGCCAGGAUAGAAAAGCUACUAUAUGCUUUCACGCUUCCAUUCCUCCGGCGAGCUGCGAUUUUGUGCCGAUCUGUGGUACCAUUGACGUUCACAACGCCAUCAUUUGGAACCCGUGAUCCCUGCGAGUAUAGUCGCUUAUUGGCCAUGCUCGGGAUACCUCCUUUGUCGGAUCUGCCAAACCAAGACACUCUUCAGAAUGCGCUUUCAGGCUGGUGUGCCCACUAUGGCCACUCUCAUGCUGCAUCUCAACUGAAUUGCGGUGUCGUAUUGGAUUAUCCUGCCAUUUACCGAAUUGCCCGCCUUCCUCUUGUGCUUGAUAACCUGUUUGGUGGACGUGACAAAACUAUGAAGUGUCUGAAAUGUAACACCGUUCCGACUGAUGCGGCAAUUUGCUUGAUAUGUGGAGCAACAUGUUGUAUGCUCAGUAACUGUUGCAUGGAUACGGAAAGAGAAUCCGGAGAAUGUAAUAUGCACACACGAGAGUGUGGUGGAACCAUAGGAAUGUACUUCGUGGUGAAGCGCUGCACUCUCUUAUAUCUCUACGCCAGCAACGGUACAUUUUCUCCUUCCCCUUACCUUGAUGUUCACGGUGAAGCGGACAUUUCCAUGAGGAGAGGGAGACGGCAAUACAUGCAUCCAGCUCGCUGGGAAGAUAUCCGUAAAACAUGGCUGACUCACGGCAUUCCAACUGUUAUUGCCCGGAGACUCGAAAGCACAGUCGACAGUGGUGGUUGGGAAUCAUUAUAGAACUGUCAUGUCUUGCCAUUGUGUCUCCAUUCACCACUGUUUGUUGUAUAAUAGCAAUAUCCGCAAUCCUGUACGCAAUAGUUUUAUAUUCGUGGACAAUGAUCAGAUUGAUUGUGUAUCAACAUGACCCAU